AUGAUGCACCCGUCGCGACAGGCCUAUGUCGAGGAGGCCGAGGAGGACACCGACAUGGGCAUCGACCUUGCUGAUCUGCCUACCGAUCAGGACUAUGAGAUCCCUGCUUCCGCCGCCGGCAUCCCGGCAGAGCGGGCCUCCGCCAUUCUAUCGCAAUUCGAGCGUAAACGCAGAGCCGCCGCAAUGGCCGUACCGACGGAUGACAAUCGAGUGCGCGCACGACUACGAGAGCUCGGGGAACCUAUCACACUCUUCGGCGAACGUCCGGUAGACCGACGAGACCGUUUGCGCGAGCUCCUGACCGAUCUCUCAGAACGGACGGCGGGCGAUGGCGACAUUCAGAUGCAGGAGCCUGACGAAGAAGAGGUGGAGCAGCAAGAGGAAUUUUACACGGAAGGUACGGAUGCCUUGCUGGAAGCGCGCAAGGAUAUGGCACGGUAUUCAUUGCCACGGGCAAAGGCCCGCGUUGCCCGUCAGAGAGAGGAGUCGACAAUCCCACUACGCACACACGUGAAGCAUCGCAAAGCUAUCAAAGAGAAGCUCGCUGGAUUUGAUCUGUACGGAUCUCAAAUUGCAGGAGAACGACCUGUCAGUAUUUGUCGCUUUGCUCCAGAUGGACAAACUGUUGCGGCUGGAAACUGGGCUGGAGGAAUCAAGUUGCUUUCCGUACCGAACUUGGAGGAGCGCGCGAGUUUCCAGGGACAUUCAGAUCGUGUCGGAGGAUUGUCUUGGUUCCCUGGCGCGACACUGCCACAGUCCAAUGUCUCUCCUUCAUCGGUCAAUUUGAUUUCCGGAGGUGGCGAAGGAGACAUUCAACUUUGGGCUCUGGACAAAGACAAGCCCCUAGCCACUCUCUCUGGACACUCAGGACGUGUGUGUCGGACAGAGUUCCACCCGUCUGGACGAUAUGCUGCGUCGGCAUCUUACGAUACUACCUGGCGACUGUGGGAUGUUGAAACUACGACAGAACUGCAACUUCAAGAAGGCCACUCACGGGAGGUGUAUGCGGUGUCUUUUAACAAUGACGGAUCUCUCUUGGCUAGUGGUGGACUGGACAGCAUCGGCCGCAUCUGGGAUCUCCGAACUGGACGCACGAUCAUGAUUCUCGAGGGUCACGUUCGUGAGAUAUUCGGCCUGGACUGGGGCGUCGAUGGUUACCGAGUUCUCUCAGGCUCCGGAGAUGGUUGGGUCAAGUGCUGGGAUCUGCGUCAAGUGCGGAAUACGGGCGGAAUUGGUGCACACAAGAGUGUUGUCUCUGAUCUGCGCUGGUACAAGGGAACUGAGGCGGCAUCCUACUUGCCAUCUACCGAGAUGGAUAUUGAUGGUGCUUCACCCGCUCCUGAGGCUGCUCCAGAGCCACCCCAGCCGAAGAAAUCAGGAACCUUCUUUGUGUCCAGUGGCUUCGACAAGAACGUGAAUGUAUUUAGUGCUGAUGAUUGGUCCCUGGUGAAGACGCUGAGCGGUCACUCGGGCAAUGUCCUCAGUACCGAUGUUAGUGAUGAUGCGAAGUGGAUUGCUAGCUGCGGUCAUGAUCGGACUGUCAAGUUGUGGGGAAUCGAAUGA